GAGCCGGCGGACGGGACCCGGCUGCGAACCCAGCUGGUCGGCUGUGGAGCGCGUCCUCAGCACCAUGGUCAGCCUCCUCUGGGUUUUCUUCCCAGCGAUCUUUUGGGAGAUGGCCCUGCUCCCCAGAAGCCCGGGCAGGAAAGUGGUCCUGGCGGGAGCCUCCUCCCAGCGCUCGGUGGCCAGAAUGGACGGAGAUGUCAUCAUUGGGGCCCUUUUCUCAGUUCACCACCAGCCUCCGGCCGAAAAGGUGCCGGAGAGGAAGUGUGGGGAGAUCAGGGAGCAGUAUGGCAUCCAGAGGGUGGAGGCCAUGUUCCACACCUUGGAUAAGAUCAACGCGGACCCGGUCCUUCUGCCCAACAUCACCCUGGGCAGCGAGAUCCGGGACUCCUGCUGGCACUCCUCCGUGGCUCUGGAGCAGAGCAUCGAGUUCAUCAGGGACUCUCUGAUUUCCAUUCGAGAUGAGAAGGAUGGGCUCAACCGGUGCCUGCCUGAUGGCCAGCCCCUCCCCCCAGGCAGGACGAAGAAGCCCAUUGCAGGCGUCAUUGGCCCCGGCUCCAGCUCCGUAGCUAUUCAAGUGCAAAACCUGCUCCAGCUCUUUGACAUCCCCCAGAUCGCUUAUUCUGCCACAAGCAUCGACCUGAGUGACAAAACUUUGUACAAAUACUUCCUGAGGGUUGUCCCUUCUGACACUUUGCAGGCAAGGGCGAUGCUUGAUAUAGUCAAGCGUUACAAUUGGACCUAUGUCUCUGCAGUCCACACAGAAGGGAAUUAUGGGGAGAGCGGAAUGGAUGCUUUCAAAGAGCUGGCUGCCCAGGAAGGCCUUUGCAUCGCUCAUUCAGACAAAAUCUACAGCAACGCUGGAGAGAAGAGCUUUGACCGGCUCCUGCGGAAGCUCCGGGAACGACUCCCGAAGGCCAGGGUGGUGGUUUGCUUCUGUGAAGGCAUGACGGUCCGAGGCCUGCUGAGUGCCAUGCGGCGGCUGGGUGUAGUGGGCGAGUUCUCACUCAUUGGAAGUGAUGGAUGGGCAGACAGAGAUGAAGUCAUUGAAGGUUAUGAGAUGGAAGCCAACGGGGGAAUCACGAUAAAGCUGCAGUCACCAGAGGUCAGGUCAUUUGAUGAUUAUUUUCUGAAACUGAGACUUGACACUAAUACGAGGAAUCCCUGGUUCCCUGAGUUCUGGCAACAUCGGUUCCAGUGCCGCCUACCAGGACACCUUCUGGAAAAUCCCAACUUUAAAAGAAUCUGCACAGGCAACGAAAGCUUGGAAGAAAACUAUGUCCAAGACAGUAAGAUGGGGUUUGUCAUCAAUGCCAUUUAUGCCAUGGCGCAUGGGCUACAGAACAUGCACCACGCCCUGUGCCCAGGCCACGUGGGCCUCUGCGAUGCCAUGAAGCCCAUUGAUGGCAGGAAACUCCUGGAUUUCCUCAUCAAAUCCACAUUCAUCGGCGUGUCUGGAGAGGAGGUGUGGUUUGAUGAGAAGGGGGAUGCUCCUGGAAGGUAUGAUAUCAUGAAUCUGCAAUACACUGAUGCUAAUCGCUACGACUAUGUCCAUGUUGGAACCUGGCAUGAAGGGGUGUUGAACAUCGAUGAUUAUAAAAUCCAGAUGAACAAGAGUGGAGUGGUGCGGUCUGUGUGCAGUGAGCCUUGCUUAAAAGGUCAAAUUAAGGUGAUACGAAAAGGAGAAGUGAGCUGCUGCUGGAUUUGCACGGCCUGCAAAGAGAACGAAUUCGUGCAAGAUGAGUUCACCUGCAAAGCGUGUGACUUGGGCUGGUGGCCCAAUGCAGACCUGACAGGCUGUGAACCUAUACCUGUUCGCUAUCUCGAGUGGAGCAACAUAGAAUCCAUCAUAGCCAUUGCCUUUUCCUGCCUGGGCAUCCUUGUCACCUUGUUUGUCACUCUCAUCUUUGUACUUUACCGAGACACCCCAGUGGUCAAGUCCUCCAGCCGCGAGCUCUGCUACAUCAUCCUAGCUGGCAUCUUCCUUGGUUAUGUGUGCCCUUUCACGCUCAUUGCCAAACCUACCACCACAUCCUGCUACCUCCAGCGCCUCCUGGUUGGCCUCUCCUCUGCCAUGUGCUACUCUGCUUUGGUGACCAAAACCAACCGCAUUGCACGCAUCCUGGCAGGCAGCAAGAAGAAGAUCUGUACACGGAAGCCCAGGUUCAUGAGCGCCUGGGCCCAGGUGAUCAUUGCCUCCAUUCUGAUUAGUGUGCAGCUAACCCUGGUGGUAACGCUGAUCAUCAUGGAGCCCCCCAUGCCCAUUCUGUCCUACCCAAGUAUCAAGGAGGUCUACCUUAUCUGCAAUACCAGCAACCUGGGCGUGGUGGCCCCCGUGGGCUACAAUGGACUCCUCAUCAUGAGUUGUACCUACUAUGCCUUCAAGACCCGCAAUGUGCCCGCUAACUUCAACGAGGCCAAAUACAUCGCCUUCACCAUGUACACCACCUGCAUCAUCUGGCUGGCUUUUGUGCCCAUUUACUUUGGGAGCAACUACAAGAUCAUCACUACCUGCUUUGCAGUGAGCCUCAGUGUAACGGUGGCCCUGGGGUGCAUGUUCACGCCCAAGAUGUACAUCAUCAUUGCCAAGCCCGAGAGGAAUGUCCGCAGUGCCUUCACCACCUCUGAUGUCGUGCGCAUGCACGUCGGCGAUGGCAAGCUGCCCUGCCGCUCCAACACCUUCCUCAACAUCUUCCGGAGAAAGAAGCCCGGGGCAGGGAACGCCAAUUCUAACGGCAAGUCUGUAUCAUGGUCUGAACCAGGUGGAAGGCAGGUGCCCAAGGGACAGCACAUGUGGCACCGUCUCUCUGUGCACGUGAAGACCAACGAGACGGCCUGCAACCAGACAGCCGUCAUCAAGCCCCUCACUAAAAGCUACCAAGGCUCUGGCAAGAGUCUGACCUUUUCGGAUACCAGCACCAAGGCCCUUUACAACGUGGAGGAGGAAGAUGCCCCGCCGGUGGGCUUCAGCCCUCCCAGCAGCCCCUCUAUGGUGGUGCACCGGCACGUGCCCACCGCGGUCAGCACCCCGCCUCUGCCGCCCCACCUCACCGCAGAGGAGACCCCCCUUUUCCUGGCCGACCCGGCCACCCCCAAGGGCUUGCCCCCAAACCUCCAGCAGCCGCCUUCGCAGCCACCGCAGCAGCAGAAAUCCCUGAUGGACCAGCUACAGGGCGUGGUCGGCAACUUCAGCACUGGGAUCCCGGAUUUCAACGCGGUGCUCUCGGUCCCGGCGGGCACGGGGAACGGGGUGCGGUCCCUGUACUCGCCCCCGGGGCCCCCGCAGCACCUGCAGAUGCUCCCGCUGCAGCUGAGCACCUUCGACGACGAGCCUGUCUCGCCCCCAGCGGACGACGAGGACGAGGACGACAGCGAGCGGUUCAAGCUCCUGCAGGAGUACCUGUACGAGCGCGAGGGCAACACCGAGGAGGACGAGCUGGAGGACGAGGAGGAGGACGUGCAGGCCGCCCGCAAGCGCACCCCCGACGACUCGCCCGCCCUCACGCCCCCGUCCCCUUUCCGCGACUCGGUGGCCUCGGGCAGCUCCGUGCCCAGCUCGCCCGUGUCCGAGUCGGUGCUCUGCAGCCCCCCCAACGUGACCUACGCCUCUGUCAUCCUGAGGGACUAUAAGCAAAGCUCUUCCACCCUGUAGGGAGGAGG